CUCAAACCCUUUAAGAGUCUUGAGCAAGGCCUGGCGCCUGGAUGGGUACAGGAAGGCGAGGUGGAGAGACUUUGAAAAAAUCAAUGAUAGGAAAAAAGAGAUACUUAUGGCCCCAAACUCUUCCUUACCAGGACUUUCCACUAUCUUCCCGUCCCUUAAUUUCUUACAAAUCCUUUAUCUUGCUGGUUGCAGAGCCUGCUUGGAAAAAUUAAAAGAAUCCUUUAUGGUUAUGACAGACUCCUUCCUAGCUGGAGAGGAGGAAGUUAUUAUGUCCUUGCGUCCCCAUGCCUUUAUCACUACUCAAUUCUGGGGAAUUCAAUACUAGAAGGAGCUUAGUGAAACGUUUUUGUCCACCCCGAUACCAGAUGGCACCCGAGUCAGUCUAGAAACAAAGAGGACCGAGAAGGAGUCAAGGUGGCUUCCACUGGCCGUCCUCGGGUGUGGUUAGCCUGGGGGUGAGGAAGGGUCUCACACCGGUCCAUUAGUGCGGUUGGGCUGCCCUCUGGCGGCUAUACCAGGGUACCGUCAAGAAUCAAAUCCUCGAAAGACCUUUUUGGACUGGGUUGGUCUGCAGGAAGAAGAAUCAACUUAGGAGGGAGGCGGUUAUUGGAAAAUGAAAGUCCGUCAUGCCCCACUUCCCUAACAGGAAUCUGGCCUCUGAAAGGUGGGGUAAAGUAAGUCUUCAAAUAUGUGAGCCUUUCCACGUCCGGCUGCGAGUCGUUUUACGACAGUGUGGCCGGAUCGCGGGCUUGCUUUCCGGCAACGUAAACUGACGCUUCGCUCAAUUUCCGACAGCGUAGCACAGGCAGCCCCCUGGUGCGAAUGGGCCACGGUAGGAGUUCGAAGGUUCGAGUCCCAAUACGGGAAUGAGCCUCUUUGACCUUUUCCGGGGGUUUUUCGGCUUUCCUGGACCUCGGAGCCACAGAGAUCCCUUUUUUGGAGGGAUGACUCGAGAUGAAGAUGAAGAUGAGGAAGAGGAGGAAGAAGGAGCCACAUGGGGCCCGAGGUUUGAUGGUCCCCAGCCCCCUGAGGAAUUUGGCUUCAGCUUCAGCUUCAGCCCAGGAGGAGGGAUGCAUUUCCACGAUAACUUUGGCUUUGAUGACCUAGUACGGGAUUUCAAUAGCAUCUUCAGCGAGAUGGGGGCCUGGACCUUGCCUUCCCAUCCUCCUGAACUUCCAGGUCCUGCUUCAGAGACACCUGGUGAGAGACUGCGGGAGGGACAGACACUUCGGGACUCAAUGCUUAAGUAUCCAGAUAGUCACCAGCCCAGGAUCUUUGGGGGAGUCUUGGAGAGUGAUGCAAGACCUGAAUCCCCUAAACCAGCACCAGACUGGGGGUCCCAGAGACCUUUUCAUAGGUUUGAUGAUAUAUGGCCUGUGACCCCCCAUCCUAGAGCCAGAGAGGACAAUGAUCUUGAUUCGCAGGUCUCCCAGGAGGGUCUUGGCCCAGUUUUACAACCCCAGCCCAAAUCCUAUUUCAAGAGCAUCUCUGUGACCAAGAUCACCAGGCCAGAUGGGAUAGUGGAGGAGCACCGGACUGUGGUGGACAGUGAAGGCCGGAAAGAGACCACAGUAACCCGACAAGAGGCAGACAGCAGUCCUAGAAGUGAUCCAGAAUCACCAAGACCUCCAGCUAUGGAUGAUGCCUUUUCCAUCCUGGAUUUAUUCCUAGGACGUUGGUUCCGGUCCCGGUAGCCUUGUUAACCCUCAGUGGCCUUCAGGUCCAUUCCACCUCCCAUCGGUUGCCCAUUAUCAAUACUCUUAGCUUCUCCUGCCACCUUAGGGCCUUGGGUAUGUGGAAUAGUGAAUUGGGGGUAUGUCAGUAUGUUACCCAAACUGACCAAUAAACCCUUUAUUUAUGCUAA